AUGGACUACAGCGCCUCUAUCAACGAUUCCGACAACGCCGGUGUCGAUCCCUGGGGAUCUCCCGAGGCAUCUCCCCGCCGCCACCAGACCGGCUUUCGGCCAGCGUCCGAUCCGUCGCAGUCGCCGUAUCAGCAGCCGUUUGAUACCGCUCAUAUCGCCUCGGGGUCGGACCGAUCCGAUGCCGGCAUCUUUGGCUCGGACAACCCUGACUAUCAGCGUCCAGAAACUGCCACCAGCGUCCGGUCCAACACCAACACAUAUACGGAUGGGAGCUUAGCCGAGACCUUGGUCGGCCCCGGCUAUGAUGGCGACUCUGCUGCGCAGUACAAUCGCCAGGAACAGUUCCAACAGCUGCCGCCGCCGCAGCAACAGCAUCAGCAAUAUGGCCAAGGUCCACUCCCUCCCCAACCGAAUGAAUCCUCCAGAUUUUCCAGCGAGACCGCUACCGAUCCUCUGGUCGCUGCUGGGCCUCAACGGCUGCCUCAGCCCAAGUACAAGCUCCAGGCCAAGAUCACCGCACUGGAGCGCACCGGCCGCAAAGACCCCAUUUUGCGGUUUGACGUCCAUAUACGUGACAUUCGCCGUCUGCACUCAGAGUUCGAAAAGCUAGCAGAACACCUUAUAUCGGCCAACCCCGAAGCCCUCGUGCCUGCAGUACCACCGGCCUUGACAUCGGCCGGUGCCGGCACGGAGGAGGACGAGGCCCGCGUGAAAGCGUUGAUGCAGCGCUGGCUCAACUACGUGUGCAGCAACGAGGUCCUGAUGCACGACGACGAAAUGGUCCUGUUUGCCGAGAGCGACUUUGGCUACAGCCCCAUGCACAAGAAGAGGCAGCCGGCGACGGGCGUGCGCCGCAAGAUCCUCAAGCAGUUUGCCCCUCCGGCUGACGACACGCCUGAGCUGCAGCAGGCGCGGCCCGCAGUCAAGCUGUUUUACCUUGGCACCAUGGAUGCCGGUCACAAGGUGGACAAGCUCGUCAAGGCCCGAAGAGGACUGGGACUGGCCGAGUCGGACUUUGGUGUCAAGCUGGGCGCCAUGAACGUGCAGGAGCUGCACCCGGGGCUGGCAAACGCAUACCGGAAGCUGGGCAAGGUGAUCCAGACGGCAGGCGACUACCAAGCGGCGCAGGCGACGGCGGAGGCGACGACUCUGGGCGACCCGCUGGCAUACCACUCGACAGACGCGCUGAUCUUCAAGGAGACGCUGACAAAUCGCCAGCUGCUGGUCCGCGAACUGCUGCAGGCACAGGAGAACUCGCGCAGCCGGCUCAACGCAGCCGACCGACUCAAGGCCAGCUCGAACGUGCGUCGCGAGAAGGUCGACGAGGCCAUUGCCGCGCACGCCGACGCCCACCGGCACGAGUCAGAGCUGAUGCAAAAGACAGCGCGCGUGACCCACAACCUCGUCUAUGAGCGUCGCCGCUGGUUCGCCCGCACGUCUGCCGACCUGCGCCUCAGCAUCCGCGAGUUUGUCAUCCGCGAGAUCGAGGCCGAGCGCCGUACUCUGUCGCUGCUCGAGACUGUCCGUGGCGACAUCCGCAGCAUCGACAACUCCGGUGGCCUCAGCCGCCUCAACCGCGAGUCUCAUCCCGCUACCGUGCGUCGCGUCAACCUGGCCUCCAGCCAGGGCCCCAAAGGCGACGCCUGGAGCGGCGUACCGCGUCGCUCCGACGCCCUUCUCGGCCGUGGUUCUGUCAACACCACAACGGGCGACGACGGCACCGAGGACUUUGAUGGCGCCAGCGGCUCCGUCGCUGGCGUUGCUGGCUCAGGACUGCUAAAGGGCUUAAUAGGAGCCGUCAGCGAAGAAGAGGACGACGACCGGGUGGAUGCGCGGAAUGCGGCCAGCCGGUUGGCUACGAGCACGUUCUGA